CUUUAGCACUGUGUGACCCUAUCAGUGCCGUCGGUAUCAGUGCCGCCGGUAUCAGUGCCGCCGGUAUCAGUGCCGGUAUCAGUGCCGCUAUCAGUGCCGCUAUCAGUGCCGGUAUCAUCUAUCAUUGGAAUUAGGUAUCAUAGGCAUCAUUGUUGUCUCCUUGCCAUCUUUGGAAUUCGGCAUCAUAGGCAUUAGUGGAAGUGAAGCAAGACCACUUGGUACACCUCCAUCAGCGUUUUUAGAGGUUGGCAAUUAGAAACAAAGCUGAGACCGGUCAAGGAGAGCCUUGCCAAUUCUUGGCUUUUUUGAUUUUGCUUUCUUGCAUUGCAUGCAUUGCAUUGAUACUGCAGACCAGGACUUGGGUAUCCACACAUAUGCGGCAAAUCAACCAUGUUUUAAAUCGACUUCUUAUCCCACACGGUGUUUAAGUGACUGCCCAGUUUAGUUGGACAGAAGUCACCCAUGGUGACAGUGAUCCCUCCCCAUGUGUUAGAUAUUGCAUGCGUCUUCACUCUGUACAUUGACUCUUGAUUUGACGGCUGCAUGCAUCUCUUGUAUUUAUGGCUACUGUGUGUUACCGUCGGACAACAUUACGAUUUAUUGUUACAUGUACGUUCUAUGUCAAGUCAACCCUGUUAUGUUCCCAUUCGUUUCAGUCUAGUUCUAUACUUACUGCCAUGACUUGUCCCGUUUAUGGUUAUACAGUCUUCUUCUUUUCCCGUCGUAUUGCUUUCGUUUACCGGAGACUUCUACGGUAUGUCUCUAUUCGCCUCCACGAUGUCCUUAUCCUGACACUAGCAUUUUCUGCGUCGCGUACGGCUGGUGGGAAUAUCUACCCCAGCCGUCGUGAUGUAGGGCUUCCUCAUCAUUACUACUUGGAGGACAGUCACGAGUUUGAGUAUCUCUGAUACUAAUGAUAAUGAUUCUUACUGAAGUAUGAGGAGAAUUGUUUCCGAGUGGAAAGACACUGAGUGUCUAUGUGUAAUAACUAAAUGAGCUCAACGAAGAGCCAAAACGUCCUUUAGGAUUCUACUACUACUAGUACGGGCAGAACCAGAGUAGGAUCUCUAAAAUUGGUCCUUCGAGCCGGAUUCAAUGGAUGCGAGGUCGAGAAAGGCUGACCAGAGUGUCGCCUUCGCCAGAGCAAGAAUCGCGGUUCUGAACGAUAUCGAAAAUGGAUCACCUGUAAGUGCUGUCAACCUGUCACUCGUGGAGCUGGACCUAAAAGUACAUUGCUUGCUUAGUACAUUGCGGGAGGAUCCAGAGUUGUUCGAGGAGUAUGUAGCAACACAAGAAAUGUAUGCAAACACAGUGGCUAUGGUUAGUGAGUACAUGUACGGAAUUUGUUCAAACUACAACAGUUCACAUGCGAGCUCUAUAAGUGGUGUACAGUACACCCGGAAUGCCGGUAAGGUGAAAGCAUACUUAGCGAGUCUAGAUAAAGACACGGAUCACGCACCAGGAGCUGCAGGCCUUGUCCUGAGCGGCCAUAUGCAGCAAACAGACAGCACGAGUCGUGCACAGGCAGACGCACAGGUUCCCGAAACGGGCGAGAGUGCGCCGUUAUGCGAACCCGCUGGUGAUCAGACGGCUUUACAAGGCUAUGGUCAUCAUCAAAAGGCAGAUACGAAGGAUCGGCAAGAGUAUCCAAACGACGUAGAAGGUGCAACUGCAAAUAGUGAUACAACGUGGGCGAACGCUUUCGUGCCAGACAUUGCUACGCCAGUGAUUGUUCCAGAAAGCACCGAGUAUAUGAUUGAGAAUGCACAGCAGUUCAACACUGGGACAGCACCAUUGGCCCACACCAACAACUCCAUGGACACAUUGUGGCAACCUGGCAAACAGACCCCAGAGACUGCAUCGCAACCUGUGUCUAGGAUGCAAUCACAGCGCACACGCAUGCAGUACACACACACACAGCCUUUGUAUGUGUCGCAGUCUUUGUCGCAGCCCUUGCCUUCAUGUAUGUCACAACCAUUGUCUGCGUAUCAGUACUUGUCGCUGCCUGUGUCGCAGCAGUCGCUGCCCGUGUCGCUGCAGUCGUUGCCGCCGUUGUCUGCGUCUCAGUCUUUGCCGUUGCCUGUGUCGCAGCAGUCGCUGCCCGUGUCGCAGCAGUCGCUGCCCGUGUCGCAGCAGUCGUUGCCGCCGUUGUAUGCAGAUCAGUCUCUGCCGUUGCCUGUGUCGCAGCAGUCGCUGCCCGUGUCGCAGCAGUCGCUGCCCGUGUCGCAGCAGUCGCUGCCCGUGUUCCAGCAGUCGCUGCCUGUAUCGCAGCAGUCGCUGCCCGUGUCGCAGCAGUCGUUGCCGCCAUUGUCGGCAGAUCAGUCUUUGCCGUUGCCUGUGUCGCAGCAGUCGCUGCCCGUGUCGCUGCAGUCGUUGCCGCCGUUGUCUGCGUCUCAGUCUUUGCCGUUGCCUGUGUCGCAGCAGUCGCUGCCCGUGUCGCAGCAGUCGCUGCCCGUGUCGCAGCAGUCGUUGCCGCCGUUGUAUGCAGAUCAGUCUCUGCCGUUGCCUGUGUCGCAGCAGUCGCUGCCCGUGUCGCAGCAGUCGCUGCCCGUGUUGCAGCAGUCACUGCCUGUAUCGCAGCAGUCGCUGCCCGUGUCGCAGCAGUCGUUGCUGCCAUUGUCGGCAGAUCAGUCUUUGCCGUUGCCUGUGUCGCAGCACUCGUUGCCGCCGUUGUACGCGUCCCAGUCGGUCUAUGUGCCGAAGUCAUCGCAGCCUUUGUCUACGUUGCAGCCGUCGUCUAUGCCGCAGCCGUUAUCACGCAUGCUACCGCCGCAGCGGUUUUCCACGCCGCUACCGAGGCCCAGGCCACAGCCGUUGUCUGGGCUACAACAACAGCAGCAGCAGCGGCAACAACUACAACAACAACAACAGCAGCAGCAGCAGCAGCGUCAACAGCAACAAUACCAGCAGCAGCAACCCGCGCAGACCAGUUGGUCUGGAAUGACAGCCAGCUCAACAUCGUCAACAGCAGCACCAACAGACGUGUACCGACACCUGAAGAAAGUGAAGAUACCUACGUUUAGUGGUGAUAAAACAGCAUACAGAACAUGGAAAGCAGCAUUCUCGGUUUGCGUUGAGCAGCAAGAUUUAUCGCCAGAGCUGAAAUUAUUGCAACUACGUCAGUGUUUGACGGGCUCAGCAUUGAAAGCGAUAGAAUCUUAUGGAUACUCAGCAGCAGCGUACACCGCAGCAAUCAGGCGUCUAGAACAGAAGUUUGGUGGCGAUAGAAGACAGACAGCAGUGCAUACAGAGGCGCUGGCGCGGCUACCAGUGAUACGAAUGGAACGAGCUGCCCAGGAUCUGGAGAAGUUCGCUGAUCUUCUCCAAGUAGCUGUCAUUCACCUAGAAGACGCUGGACGCAGCCAGGAACUUCAGGCUGGUGCAUUCUAUCAGCAGCUCCUGAAGAAACUGCCACAGUCUCUCUUGACGCAGUACUACCGCCAGAUGACAGAAAGAGGUGAAGCGGAGACGGUAUGCACUCUGCUGGCCUGGGCAUUAAGAGAAGCGGACUACAGAACAACAGCACAGGAGACGCUCACUGGCAUCACCACACAGCCUGAGGGGACCGGUACACGCAACAAACAGACCUACAGAGAACAGCCAACGGCAGCAGCAUUAGCAGCCUUUACGUCCCCGGCAAGUGCCAGUUGCGUGUUCUGUGGACAGAGUCAUGAGACGGCCAGGUGCUCUGUCGUUACAAACACAGAGAAGCGGAAGGACAUAGUUAAGAGCAACGGAAGGUGCUUUCUGUGUCUGAAACCGAACCACAUAAUCCGUCACUGUCAGUCGAAGUUGAAAUGCGCCAAGUGCCAACGUCGACACCACACUACCCUGUGUAACUCAACAUCUGACAGGCCAUCACCUGUAACACCACCCACGCCGCGCUAUGAAAAGAAGCCGGCCGCUAACAACCAGUCUAGGGCAGCAUCGGCUCCAAGCAAGAAGGAACCUACCAAUCCAUCCGCCAGCAGCGUUACCCUGUCGUCUGUCAGCGCUCUGACAUCAUCGAGCAAGGACAACAAUAUGGUUUUGCUGCAGACCGCUAAAGCUAUAGUUGCACCAGGCUUACCAGUGCGAGACAACGGGAUCUCUGUGAGGGUGUUGUUCGACGGAGGGAGCCAGCGCUCGUUCGUGACACGUGAUGUGCAAAGGCGGCUGGACCUAAAGACAGGCAGGCAGGAAUGCUUGAAAGUGAAUGCCUUUGGUGAAGGCUCUGGUGGGGACAGCGGUUUGAGAGACGUGGUGAAUCUGACCGUGCAGAGUACGGAGGGAGACCCCCUGCCGCUGGAGUGUGUCGUGAUUGAUGCAAUUUGUGCACCAGUCCAGAACCAGCACCCUGCACAAGCAGUCCAGUGCUGCGGUGCGCUCCAAGGCCUCACACUGGCAGACGACAGCGACGGCACAGCCACAAUCGAUCUAUUGAUUGGAGCCGAUCAGUACUGGCAAUUUAUGAUGGGCAAGACGAUCACGACGGCCGCUGGUCCGACAGCCAUCCAUACGCGUCUUGGCUGGGUCUUGUCUGGUCCUGCAUCAGGCACAACUAGUACGACAGGUACAUGCCUCGCUACUGAGGUGCACAGCUUAACGACGACAGCGCAGGUCCUUGAUAAGCAGCUCCAACAAUCCUGGGAGCUGGAGUCUCUUGGAAUACAUCCAAUAACGGAGAAUCAAGUCCACGCAACGCUACCUGACAACUUCCGAAUCAGCAAUAUCGAGGAAGUCAAGAACCCGGAAUUUGGUGAUGUGAGAGAUAUACACUAUGCGCCACAUCAAGCCGUUGGUGGAGAAGAUAGGACCACGACAAGAGUGCGUGUUGUGUACGAUGCGUCAUUCCGCUCAGGCAAGGCUCGUCGAUCAACGUCUGCCUCAACGCGGGACCCCACCUGCUGGAGAAGCCCCAUCUGCUUGAGAAGCCCCCCUGGUGGGGCGGGUUCUUUGAGAGAAUGGUGA